AUGCCACCAAAGAAGACCAAGAAGACCGCUGGCGCAGCCAAGAAGGGCAAGAAAGUUACUGGAACAGUGGUGAACACAGAGCCAAAGGUCCAGAAGGGUGUUUUUGUGAAAGAUGUCGCUGUGAAGAAGGCCGUUUCCGAGCUGAUCAAGUGGAAGGAAUCGCAGAAACCUGACAAGCCGCAGCUCUUCGACGACGACGACGCCAGUUUGUACAUGCAGCUGACCAGUGUCAAAUUCUUUAGCAAAAAGCAGGUGCUCAAGCCUACGACUGUGGCGGUUCCUCAUCCUGUGCACGAUCUCGAGAACGAGUUCAAGGUCUGUGUCUUUGUCAAGGACGGUCAGAUCGACGCUGAUACUCUGGAAAAGAUUGAGCAGGAGAACAUCCCGCAUCUUGCCAAGAUUAUCUCUGCUUCUGAGCUCAAGGGAGCCUACAAGAGCUACGAGGCCAGAAGAAAGUUGCAGAAAGAGUACGACCUGUUUUUGAGUGACGAGAGCCUGAUCACUGCUCUGCCGAAGCUGCUGGGCAAGAUUUUCUACUCGACCUCCAAACUUCCGCUACCGAUCAGACUCAAAACCAAAGAAAACGUGUUCUCGGUGACCACGUUGGCCAACCAGGUGUCGAAAAUGAUUAACUCUGUCCAUUACGUUGCUCCAAUGGGGGUGAAUCUUACCCUCAACCUGGGCAGUGUCCGCCAGCCGCUUGACAACAUCGUGGACAAUGUCCAGGCUCUCACACAGCAUUUCGAGAAACAGCCAUUGAAGACCAUCCAAUUGAAACUGCUGGAGUCGCCUGGACUGCCGAUUUAUAUUGCCGAGCAUAUAUUCAGCGAGCAGGACGUUGGCGAGGAGGAGAAGCCUGCCAAGGACGAAACUCCGGAAGUGAGGCUGACCAAGUUCGAGAAGGGGCUGGUGGAAUUGGCUCUGGACGAGGACCAGGCUCGCUCGAUUGUGGGGCGUAAGGAGAAGAAGGUGAACAAGCUGAAGCGGGGGAAGGAGAACCAGAACGGGGGCGAUUCCAAGAGGAGAAAAUAG